CGCAGACGCUGCGUGCUUUCGGAUGUAGGCUCGAGCACCGCUCGCAUAUAUGACAGGAUACAGGCUCGAAGCGAGAAAAUAUGCCGAUCUCCGUCGUCUUUCGUGCGAUUUAUACACCCCUCUGCUGAUUUUGGCAGUGCUGUAGAGGAGAGCCGCGAUGUCUGUCCGCGUAACGCUGAUUGACGGACCGGAUCGGUGGCGCGCGUGUUAAAGCACAACGGUGUUUUCAGCUCGUGCGUAAACUUUGCAAGAACUUUGCUGCAUCGCUUCCCUUUUUGACCGGCGAGGUGAAACGGCAGCACAAAGCAUGGCGACACAAAACGACUGCUGUGUCAAGGUCUCUUUAAGGAUCCGGCCGCAGAUGGCGAAGGAGAAGAUCGAGGGAUGUCACAUCUGCACCUCUGUUACUCCCGGGGAGCCCCAGGUGCUCUUGGGUAAAGACAAGGCCUUUACGUAUGACUUUGUGUUUGACUUGGACGCUCAGCAGCAUCAGAUCUACAGCUCCUGUGUGCACAAGCUGGUUGAGGGCUGCUUCGAAGGAUACAACGCAACCGUCUUCGCUUACGGACAGACCGGUUCAGGAAAGACCUACACUAUGGGUACUGGCUUUGAUGUAAGCGUGUCGGAGGAAGAGCAGGGCAUCAUCCCACGGGCCGUGAGACAUCUCUUCCAGGGCAUCCAGAAACGCAGACUAGAGGCACAGACCUCCGACAUGCCCCUGCCGGAAUUCAAAGUCAGCGCCCAGUUCCUUGAGCUCUAUAACGAGGAGAUCCUGGACCUGUUCGACAGCACUCGUGACCCCGAGUCUCGUGGACGGAAGUCCAACAUUAAGAUCCACGAGGACGGCGGCGGAGGCAUCUACACCACCGGAGUGACCUCACGGCUGGUCAGCUCAGAGGACGAGCUGCUGCAGUGUCUGAAGCUGGGCGCUCUUUCCCGCACCACGGCCAGCACACAGAUGAACGCCCAGAGCUCCCGCUCUCACGCCAUUUUCACCAUCCACCUCUGCCAGAUGAGAGUCUGCCCGCAGACACAGGUGAACGGAGAGAUGAACGGUGUGUCGGAAGGCUCCAUCUCUCAGCCCGAGUACGAGACGCUCACUGCUAAGUUUCACUUUGUGGACCUGGCGGGGUCAGAGCGGCUCAAGCGCACAGGAGCCACCGGAGAGAGAGCGAGAGAGGGCAUCUCCAUCAACUGUGGUCUGCUGGCCCUGGGUAAUGUGAUCAGUGCACUGGGAGAUCAGAGUAAGAAGUCAGGCCAUGUGCCUUACAGAGACUCCAAACUCACACGGCUGCUGCAGGACUCGCUGGGAGGAAACAGUCGAACCGUGAUGAUAGCUUGCGUGAGUCCCUCCGACCGAGACUUCAUGGAGACCCUGAACACGCUGAAGUACGCCAAUCGGGCCCGCAACAUCAAGAACAAAGUGAUCGUGAACCAGGACAAAACCAGCCAGCAGAUCAGCGCCUUACGAGCAGAGAUCGCGCGCCUGCAGAUGGAGAUCAUGGAGUACAAAGCGGGAAAACGAGUGGCCUGCGAGGAUGGAUCCGACGGCUUUAGCGAUCUGUUUCAAGAGAACUCCAUGCUCCAAAAAGAGAACGACACGCUACGCAUGCGGGUCAAAGCCAUGCAGGAAACCAUCGACCACCUCAACACUCGAGUCACCCAGCUGCUCACCAACGGUGUCAACCUGCUGCUCACUAAGACUGGCGAAACGAACGAGGAGAUCGGCAAUCUAAUCCAGAACUACAUUCGAGAAAUCGAAGAGCUGAGGUCUAAGCUGCUGGAGAGCGAGGCCAUGAACGAGUCUCUGAGGCGUAGUUUGUCUCGGCUCUCCGCCCGCUCUCCAUACCCAGCCUCUCACCCCUCUACUCCAGCACUCCCUCUUGGCUCCUCCCCUUCUGUUUCCGUGGAUGCAGAGAUGACAGAUGUGAUUCGUCAGGCCAAAUUAGAUGUGGAGAGGCUGAAGAAGAAAGAGAGAAAUCAGAGGAGGAAGAGUCCUGAGAAAGAAAAAGGUUUGAAGAAGAGGGCCAAGCUCUAUCCUCAAGAAAACGGAGAAAAGAGCGAGAAUGGGUUGAGCAGGGAAAACGAAGAGAGACGAGAAAACGGAGACGGAGACUCUGACAAUGAACCUGAGGAGGAUGGCAUGUAUCCUCUUCAGGAGGACGAUCACGGCGAGAGUGGCUGUGAUGAAGAAGAGGAGGAGGAGGAGGAGGAAGAGGAGACCAGGGAGGAGGACGAGUUCGACAGCGACGAGAGCCUGGUGGAUUCCGACUCUGACUCGGACGAGAAAGUCAGCUUACAGGCUGAUCUCGCAGACCUGACGUGUGAGAUCGAGAUCAAGCAGAGACUCAUCGAUGAGCUGGAGAACAGCCAGCGGCGGCUCCUGACGCUGAAGAGCCAGUACGAGGAGAAACUGAUUCUGCUCCAGAACAAGAUCAGAGACACGCAGCUGGAGAGAGACCGCGUGCUGCACAACCUCAUGUCCAUGGAGAACUACACCGAGGAGAAAGCCAGCAAGAUCAAGUCAGACUACGAGAAGCGUCUGAAGGAGAUGAACCGAGACCUGCUGAAGCUGCAGGCCGCUCAGAAGGAGCAUGCGCGUCUUCUGAAGAACCAGGGCCGCUACGAGAGAGAGCUUAAGAAACUGCAGUCGGAGGUGGCCGAGAUGAAAAAGGCGAAGGUAGCUCUAAUGAAGCAGAUGAAGGAGGAGCAGCAGCGGAGGAGGAUGAUCGAUGCCAAGAGGAACCGAGAAAUCGCACAACUGAAGAAAGAGCAGCGGCGACAAGAGUAUCAGAUCCGAGCGUUGGAGUCCCAGAAGCGUCAGCAGGAGAUGGUGUUGCGGAGGAAGACUCAGGAGGUAACUGCGCUGAGGCGGAUGGCCAAGCCCAUGUCGGAGCGCGUGGCCGGACGCGUGGCCCGCAGACUGACCAGUGUGGACUCCGGAGCAGAGCUGUCCACCGGCACCACAACCACCUCCUCCGAGCACGAGUCCACUCGCUCGGUGUCCAGCAUCAUACGCCAGUGGAACACCAAGCUCAAUGGGUUCCUGGGAGAGAAUGAGAGCCACAGGACCGGAGGAAACCUGGCCAGUAGCAGAAAGAAGUUCCAGCGAAAGAGUACGAGCACAAGUUUUUCAAAGACAGCCCGUCAGAAGUGGCAGUCUCUGGAGAGGAGGAUCAUGGAUAUUGUGAUGCAGAGAAUGACCAUCACUAAUGUGGAAGCUGAUAUGGAUCGCCUUAUUAAGAAACGCGAGGAGCUGUCCAUGCAGCAGGAGGCGCUGUUGCGCAAGAGAGAAAAGUUACUGAACGAGGGCUUCGGAGAAGAUGAGGAGGAGAGGCUCCUCCAGGAGAUGAACGAGGAGAUUGAGGUUCUCAAUGCUAACAUUGACUACAUCAGCGACAGUCUGUCAGACUGCCAGGCCACCAUUGUACAGAUCGAGGAGACAAAGGAUGAGCUGGACUCGGUGGACACCUCAGUGGUCAUCAGUUCCUGCUCGCUGGCCGAAGCGCGCGCCCUCCUGGACUACUUCCUCAAAGCCUCUAUUGACAAGGGGUUACAGGUUGCUCAAAAAGAAGCUCAGAUCCGGCUGCUGGAGGGUCAGCUGCGGCAGACGGAUGUCAUGGGCUCUUCCCAAAAUCACAUGAUCCUGGACGCUCUCAGGGAAAAGGCGGAGUGUAUCCCUGAGCUGCAAGCUCUAAUCCACAAUGUCCAGCAAGAGAAUGGCUACGCGAGCACAGAUGAGGAUGCGUCUGAGUUCAGUCAGGCGUCAGAGGGCGGGUUUUCCCAGAUGAAGUUGUCUGCGAGUCAAGACGACUUUAAGAUGAAGGUUGAGCCUCGGCUGUCUGCACAAAUGAAGGCGGUGUCAGCUGAGUAUUUGGGUCCGAUUCUGGACCUCUCCUCCAAGAACAUCACCAAGUCCCUGGCUUCUCUGUCAGAGAUCCAUGAGAACGGCCUGGUCCUCAAAGAGCCCUAUUCCAGAGAGCUGGUGUCUCGAACCAUCAGCCUGCCUGUCAGAGGACACACUUUCCCAAGGCAAUCCAGAGGAUCUGACACAUCUCCCUUAACAAGGAGGCAGUCGUACGACCGAGGCCAGCCAUAUAGAAGUCCGGAGAUGGGCUACACCCCUCCCUCUUCCCCUCCACUGCGAACGCGCAACGACCGUAACGUCUUUUCCCGGCUGACAAGCAACCAGAGUCAGGGCUCAGCGCUCGACAAGUCGGAUGACAGCGACUCCUCUCUCUCGGAGGUGCUCAGGGGUGUAAUCACUCCCACAGGUGGGCUGAAAGGGGGCAGGACGGCCCCUCUGCAGUGUGUGGCGAUGGCCGAGGGACACACCAAACCUGUGCUUUGCUUGGAUUCCACAGACGAGCUGCUAUUUACCGGCUCUAAAGAUCGAACCUGCAAGAUGUGGAACCUGGUGACUGGACAGGAAAUCGUGACCCUGAGAGGACAUCCUAACAACGUUGUGUCUGUCAAAUACUGCAGCAACUCCGGCCUGGUCUUCACAGUUUCCACCUCAUUUAUCAAAGUUUGGGAUAUUCGCGAUUCUGCCAAGUGUGUCCGGACAUUUACGUCAUCGGGUCAGGUGGUCUCGGGUGAUGCCUGUGCUGGCACAACCACUCGCACCAUCACUACAGCCCAAGGCGAGUACCAGAUCAACCAGAUCGCCCUCAAUCCCUCCGGAUCUGUGCUGUAUGCCGCUGCAGGCAACACUGUCCGCACAUGGGACCUCAACAGAAUGCAAGCCACUGGGAAGCUGACCGGACACAUUGGGUCAGUCAUGUGUCUCACAGUGGGUUAUUCUGGGGGAGGCAAGGAUCACGUGAUCACUGGAUCCAAAGACCAUUAUGUGAAGAUAUUUGAUGUUGCGGAGGGUACCCAGGGUAACAUCGGACCAGCUCAUAACUUCGAGCCCCCACAUUACGAUGGAAUUGAGUGCCUUGCUGUAUACGGCGACGUACUGUUUAGCGGAUCCCGAGAUAAUGGCAUUAAGAAAUGGGAUCUGAGACAGCAGGAACUUAUUCAGCAAAUCCCAAACGCUCACAAGGAUUGGGUGUGUGCUCUGGCGUUUGUCCCCGGGCGGCCCAUGCUCCUCAGCGCCUGCAGGGGGGGAAUGCUCAAGGUGUGGAACGUGGACAACUUCACGCCCAUUGGAGAGAUUAAGGGCCACGACAGCCCUAUCAAUGCCAUCUGCGCCAAUUCCAAACAGAUCUUUACCGCCUCCAGUGACUGUCGGGUGAAGUUGUGGAGUUAUGUCCCCGGGCUCACGCCCUGUCUGCCCCGUCGAGUCCUGGCCAUCAAGGGCCGGGCCACCAGCCUCCCCUGAGCCUCCACUAACCACCUCCUGCCUGGUUCCCUCUGUGACAUGAGAGUAAAGAUCUGGAAUCCGAAGAUGGGGAAGAAAAGGUGACGAUCCUCCGAUUGGAACGAUUGCUACAAUGGAGCCUUUUUGGGCUGUCGGCUAAUUGGAAACCGACCGUGGUGAAAGUCCGUAGGUCAGCUGUUUCCCUCCAGAGGGUUGGUUUCUUUGACCUGCCUUGAGGAGAUGAGAGACAGCUAUCUGUUUAGAAGACACAACCCUUUGAACCGGAGUCGCAUCCAAGGAAUAUGAACCAAUGGUCAUACAAGUCUGAGACAGGCUGCCGGAUGUUUUUAAGGUGCCAUUUUGAUGACGCCGAAACUGUAUUAUCUGUACAAUGAAGUGUCCUUCUGCACUUCCUGUCUAAACAAAAACAUGUCCUUGAGACAACAUCAUCUGUAGCUGCUGAUUUUACUUCAGAAUAUUUAUCACGUCAAGAUGGAAUCACUUCAGAGUCCCUUUUUUUGUAGUUCCUAAAGAGCCAUAUGACUUUAGAUUUCAGAACCUGAAUCACUUUUUCUCAGUAUCUUGAAGAUUGGCGCCUUUCGUGUUUACUGACGUGAGCAGAUGCAGAGUCGUCAUCAAUCCCAGUCCCACAUUCCCUUGAAACAUUGUGCAAUAGUAUGGACCAUCGCGUUUUUUCAAUGCCUUCCUCUUUAGGGUUUUCCACUGAACAUUUCUAAUAACUUAUGGCUUCCUUAAACACCAAGACAAACACUGUACAGGCCUCCUUCGCUUUUAAACUCGUUCUCUCCAUCCCGCUGUGAAUUUUAUGUUUUCUACCUCAGGUUCAAAACUAGAUUUUGUGAGUUAAACCUUCACUGAUUAUGGUUUCUUGCACAUAACAGGAUUCCAGCUUUUUUUGUGUCUUCUGAAUGUGUGGAUGGAGGUCUCAGAAGUGUAAAGCAGUAUUUGGAGUCUGCUGAGUGGGCAUUUUGAGAGUCUGCCCAUGUAAUAAGCCCAACUCAUCGGGGGAUUGAGUUUAGUGACAUUAGCAGACAGUUUUAGGCAGAACUAGAUGUUACCUCAGGCUCAAGCAUCCGACUGAAUGGCAACAAUUCCCUGAGGAGAGUAGAAGAGACCCAGUUUCACGUUGUCGGACAUUGUCCUGGUACGACAAAACAAAACUUCAGACAAUCUAACACUGUAAUUUUGGAGAAAAAUUUGGUCACUUUUUUUUUUUUUUUUUUUUUUAGCCUAAUAUUUUUUUUCUAUAGAUAUUAUGGUUACCAUACAACACUGCAGAAGUGUUAAAGAAUUUGCACAGCAUGCCUGGUCCAAGUUAUUAUCUUUAUACUAUUAUUAUGCAUUUUUUUUUAAGGAACAGUUCACCAAAAAAUGAAAAUUGUUCUUUACGCUAAACCAAUACUUUAGCAAGACGUUUAGUAGAUUGUUGUAGCUGCUUAUUUCCAUAAAAUGAAGGUACAUGGAGAGCUUUUAACCACCAAAAAAAACAUAAAAAUCACACACACAAAAAAUAUUUGAAAAAAAUAUAUAUUUAAAAACAUCUCAUUUUUCUCUGUGCAUGUCCAAGUAUGUUAUAUGUUAGGAAAAAAAAAACUACACGUGGACUACAUGUAUGUUUUUGUUGUAUUUUUAUUCUAAUUUUUUUUUUUCACCUUUUGAAGCAUGCUUUUGCGAAUCAGUGUGGGAAAAGAGCAGCUGGAACAAUUUGCUAAACCUUUGUGUUCGGAUGAAGUAAGAAAUACGUUUUUAAAAAUUUAGUAAAUUAUUACAGAAUAUACAUAUUCAGAUGAUCUACCCCUUUAAGACCCUAUAACGAGAUCCAGCCAUUGAUGUUUCUCCACUAUCACACUUUUGAACAAGCAUGUUGAAGACGGCAGUGUUAAAGUAGGUCAAAUUAGACUUUGUGUUUUUCAGCCCUCCUCUCAGAGUUUCACUCCCUAUUAAAUGAAAUCGGAAGCAGCCUCCUCUGCAUUGGAGGAUACGGCGUGCCUGUCGGGGGAACGUGGGCGUCGCGAGCUUGUCUUGCUAGAACACAUGCAACUUUGUUUAUUUUUAUGCCAUCAAUCUUGCUGUGCCACGCGCUGCUCCCUUCUCAGGCUUUCCUAGAUUUACAGUCUUUUUUAAUGAAACAUAUCUAUCACUCUCAUCUGCGCAACAUUUUUUUUUGGAGUGGCCCUUGGCAGUUCACCACCUGAACACAGCCCCGUGCUCGAGCUACUCUGAGGAGGAAGCUCUACUUUCCAGACGACGGAGAUGUGGUUUAUCUGAUGAACGACCCGCAGCACGGAUAAUCGCACAUCAAGAGCUUUAAGAGCGCCGCGGAAUUCCCGAGCUAGAUUUGAUCCAAUUUGCAAGUUACUCUUUUUUGAGCGAAUACGACGCGCUGUCAGUCAUUUAAAGCUACUAUACAGCGUUUCUAAGAACGAGUCUCUAGGUUGGAGUCAUUUGCAUAAUGUAAAGCUCAUAUACAUACAUAAAUAUUCAUAAGGAAGAAUGCAGUAGGGGCUUCCUUAACCUUUAGUUUAAUAGAUUUCUACCAGUGGUUCGCAGUGUAUACACCUUUUAUUAAGAGUGUGUACUGUGCCUUCAUUAAGACAGUAUGUCAUCCUCAUUAAGAUUAUAUUUGGGUUUAUGAAUCUGGUAUGUACUAACAAUAUAGGGCGUUUUUUUUUUUUUUUUUUUUUUUUUUUUUUUGGACCAAAUGAUACAUUUUUGUCCUAGUAAAAAGAAAUGGGUUUUGGAUCUUUUCUGUGAAGUCUUUUAAAACAAGGCCAAAUUUAUUAAAUAAUGAUCAGAGCGUCUACUUCAAAGAACAUUUGUUUUCAAAACUGUGAAAAAUGCUGCUUUCUACCAUCUCGCAUCUUUUUUUUUUUUUUUUUUUUUUUUUUUUUUUUUUUUUUUUUUUUGUGCGUGUCUGUGUGUUUUGUUCUUAAAGGGAGAUCAAAACAUACAGCGUCAAACGUGUUGCCAAAGCUUGAUUUAAAUAAUCACUUGCACAUUUCUACACAACCCCCCCACCACCCCCACACCCUUUAGAUCGUUUUGGCAAAAUUGUAAGUUUAUAUCGGUGUUUUGUUCGAACGAAACGCGCAACAGGGCCUCAUUCGAAAAAACGAGCCAAACGAAUUGAUUGCUUGCGAAAAAAAGUUUCAAUUUCAUGUCACUUCAGCGUACGCAAAAUGAUCUAUUUCUGCGAUUUUUGUUUUGUUCGUUUCAAUGAAUGAGGUUCAGAGAUCUCGUGUUUUAACCGUAUGCUCUUCUAAUAAUGCAUACAUACACGGGGUCAACCUUAUUUUAAUAAGUGCCCCUCAUUAGUGAGAUUACCAAGGACUGUGCGUCUUUAACUCAUUUCAUUUUAGAAAUGAAAAAGCAUCGUUUCAAAUUGCGUUUUUUGGUACAAUUGUAAUUUUCUUGGGAAGAGAGUUUGGUAUUGCUAGGACUUAAAGACUGUGAAAUUGGUUUGUGAAUUCACUUAUGUAAUAACACUGAUAAUUUCAGCCUCUCCGGUGUAUCUGAAAGCACAUAGGUUUACAAGGCUGCUUCUGAGAUUGACAGUCGCAAUCUUAAAUACACCUUAAACCGACGCUUUUUACAGCCAUGCCAGUCAGUGGCCUGUAAUUCCUGGUGCUCUGCUUCAAGUCGCUCUAUAGCGGGCUUAACUUUCAAUGUACAGUAUCUGAAGCUUCUGGGGUUAAUCUUUCUUACGCGUUUAACUUCACAGCAGUAGUUUACCAGUGGUACAUUCUGUGUUGUAGCUUUACGGUGCUUAUAUUUUAUAUUCUAGGCCAGUGAUGCAUGGCAUUGACACGCUGUAUAAGCUUCUGCGUCCGUAUAGGAUCUUAAACGAAAGAUCGUUGACACCUGUUCACUGACCAGUGUAGUGCUAACUUGUGGCUUUGCCCCCCUUUGAUGCCAAAGGUAAGCAGGUUGCCACUGUUGCCCCAGCUGCCUUACGCCCCUCUCCGUCUCUCCCGGGCCGCUCUGCAAUACGCCUUAAGCCUUACCUCGCUUUCAGCGUGUGGAACAUCAUGCCAUCGCAAAACGCUGCUGUUAAAUCCCUUUUGGGGGAAAAAAAAAAGAAACGUUUUAAAGGGGUGCUUUCUAGUUACCUGGCAACCCAGGUAGACAAUUAAUACGCAGAUUAGAAAAGACAUUUAAGUAAUAGAGAAAAAGAGGCUGAAAUUAAAGGCUUGACAGAACAAUCAGUCAUUUUAGAGCUGUUCUGCUAUAACGCCGAGUUGAGCUGACAGUUUAUUGAUCGUCAUGAGCAGGUGAAAUGCAGCCGGGGAUAUACAUACGUGCAUAUAUACAUACAUACGCGCACACACACACAUACAUAUAUAUGUAUGUAUCUGUGUGUAUGUGUAUAUGUAUAUAUGCAUGUGUGACACACACACAAAAAAACACACCAAUAAAGGUUACAGGUGCCUUUUAUCACAUAGACUCCUCCCAAGGAAUGUAAAUGAUUGUAUAGAGUUUCUUCCUUUUUGUUACACAUGCAUGCAACCAAACUUGAUGUAAAAUAUUUGACUGUAAAUUCUGUACAGAUUUUAUUUAAUGACUGUUCAAGCACUCCUUCAGAGAAAUAAAAAAAUAAAACAUC